AUAGAAGCAGCCAGUACUAUUAGAUCAGUCAAACUCAAAACCCUCCCCGUCCAAAAAAAAAAAAAGAACUUAAAAAAAACUCCAAACACUCGCAAGCCGCAACGCUCUUACUCUCUCACUCUAUUCUCUCCCGCCAGUACCAGUUAUUUGUCGCAGCCUGUGAUCGUUAUGGUGGAAAAAAUGUGGCCUGCCUUGAAAUCUUGCAAGCAUGAGAGCUAUGAUGAGUUGGAUCAAUUGCCAGAUGAUCUUCUUCUGCUUAUAAUUUCCUUCUUAAUGAUGAAGCCAGCUGCAAGGACUAGUGUUGUUUCACACAAAUGGAAUCACCUGUGGCGAUGUUUCCCUGUUUUGGUUUUCGAAAGCUCCAGUGCAAUGCGUAGGAUGAUAGUUAGAAAUGAAGAAGCCAUUCUCCAAGAAAGAGCCAACUUUGUUAAGUGGGUUAAUGGAGUUCUGGAAUCUCAUUUGGGUCGAACUAUAGAUGAGAUGAGGGUGGCCUUUCAUUUAGACAGCAAGUGUCAAGCUCAUAUAGAUAAGUGGGUUGUUUUCGCAUUAGCAAAACAAGUGAAAAGACUUAAAUUGGACAUCACAACAUUAUUAGACUUUGGGCACGGUUAUUCAUUUCCCAAAUGGAAUAUGUCUCUAUAUCAGACACAUAAUGUAUCUUGCCUACGUUAUUUGUGUCUUCAAUAUGUGGACAUAACUACCGAAGACGUUGAUUAUCUUUUGUGUACCUGCGUGUUCCUUGAGGAUUUGUCCAUAAUAAGUUCACAAUCUUUAAGCUAUGUAAGAUCAGCUUGUAGUUCACCUCUGCAAUUGAAACACUUAACGGUGGCUGCCUGUCGCCAAUUGCGAACCAUUGAUAUUUUGGCCCCGAAGCUUUUGUCAUUUAAACACGAUGGCAACCCUAUAGAGCUGCAUAUAAGAAAUGCUUUUAAUCUUUCUAAGGUUUCAUUUGGUAGUGUACGAUAUCGAGGAGAUGUUUUGGCUUAUGCUUUCGAAUCCUUUUCAAAGUAUAAUUCGCAGUUGGAAUAUUUGAGAGGGAGGUUCGAUUAUUCUGCCUAGAUCCUGUUGCCGAGUUGCAGUGUAAUUUGGGGAUUAAUAAACCGCCUGCCAUGACCAACCUCAAGCAUCUAGAACUUGUUGUCGAAGGGUUGUAUGGUAAAAGCCUCCUUGGAUGGGCAGACUUGAUUGAAGCAUCUCCACUGUUGGAGAGACUGACUCUUAUGCAGCAUGUGGGGUGUAUCUAUAACCCUCCUCCCAACUGGAUGGUGAAGCGCAAUAAAUGCCCCCUCAAAAGCUUGAAGACACUAGAGCUUCGUGGAGAUAUCGGAUAUCCAAUUGACCUUGAGUUCGCUACUUACGUAAUUGAGAAUUCCAUCAUGCUCAAGGACGUGGAACUUGACUUCUGGCCCACUCUGAAUGCCAUGCAUAUUUCACAGCCAAAACCGAUGACAUAUGUGCCGGACCAUGUUUCAGAGAUCAAAAGAAUAGUGCCCCAAGGUUGUAACGUUCACGCUUCAUAUAUAGGAUUCAAGAAGACUUAUCUAGAGAAAUUCUCAUAAGCGGAUCGAAAGGACAGUUUGCCAUUCAAGUAUGCAUAUCUAUGAUCUAGUUGCAGAUUGUUUGCUCUUACUUGUCACGGACCACAAAAUGCUUUAAUUUAAUUUGAUCAGGAUCAUGUCCCCUUGAUAUUAGUUUAUUUUAAUUAAUUAUUAAUUUCUUUAUUUUUUA